GGCCGGGAGAGGUUGGGUCAAGGACCUAUGUCUUUAGAGGAGAGGCUGGGGUCUCCCGUGUCAUCAGUUCCUAAAAACAGGACUGGCUCCUGGCUCUGCCCUUCUGGGCUGAAGCCCUUCCCUCUGCAUCAGCCAAUGGUGGGGCCUGACCUUGAGCCCCCCACCCCCAAGGAAGGCAGAAGGCCAGGAAGCCAGGCUUGGCCCGUCAGCCUGUCGCCUUGCACUGUGGCUCUGGCGCCUGUGCUAUGACCCCUGCCCCUGGCUGAUGAUGAAACCUGGCCUGAGUGGAGAUGUAGUGACACAGGCAAUGUUGGGGGAUGCUUCUGGGUCUCCCUGUGGUCAACCGUGCAGCCCCCAUGCAACUCCAUCCACUCCCAGGAUCUAGGCCUACCAGUUGCCACCGUGCUGAGUUCACCAUGCAUGCACCCCAGAUGUCCCCAACUGGUUUCUUCCCCCGAGAGCCCUGUCUCCUUUUCCUGGCCAUUACUCGGUUUGAGUCCCUCUUUGAGGGUGUGUGCAGCAGGAGGAGCCUAAUGUGAUGUGAAUGGGGAGGCAGAUGGCAAGGAGCAGCCUUGAUUUCCCAGGGGCUCCCAUCUUACUGUUUUGAAUGAGCUCGGCUGUAGUUCAGGGCAGGGGAGAAGUUUUCAUUCCUUGGCAGCAGCAUCUUCAGGCUCCAGUGGUAAGGUUGACACUGGAUGAUCUGUGAAUGAGUCAGAGCCAAAAUGGCCAAAGUCCCAUCUCUGGAAUUAAGUUUGUGGGUCCUAUGGGCUGUGUGUACCCACUACUUGUGAUUCAGGUAAUGGCUAGGACAGUCAGGAGCCUUGGUUCAUCUCCCCACCCAGUGGUGUUCUAAGGCAGUGGUCGCCAACCGGUGGUCCGUGACGUCUGAAAGGUUGGCGACCACUAUUCUAAGGGACCAGCUCUCCCCCCAAAAGAACCCUGGUUUGUAGUGUUGGCUGUUGUGUACAUAGCCCAUUGCUGGUGCCCAGAUAACAACAUGCUGCCACUGAAUGUGGAGGUGGGAUGAGAUGUGCACAGUGGCUCUGUUGAGCCAGUAAGCCAGGUCUAGCACAGCCCACUGACAUCCUAUGUUUGGGGGAGGCAGGAAAGCCUGGUGAUCAGAGCAUAGGCCUGAGUCAGGCUGCUUACUCUGGAGUGCCAGCUCUGCCUCUGAUCUGGGCAGAGCCCCAUCUUGGCCUUCAGUUCCUCUCCUGUCAAGUGAGGAAAGCAAGCCGGGUAGGCAUGGUGGGCUCCUAAGGGGGAGCAGCGCCUGGGAAGCCAGGUCCUUGGAAAUGGGCUGAAUAGGCAGCUAGGGCCCUGAAUACAGUGCAGAGCCCAGAAUGGGGCAGCAGGCACUGCUUUGAGGACAGGUGGUCCUAGGUAGGUUAACACAAAAGUGAGUCUACACCUGCCGGGGCAUGAGGUGCAGCCACCACUGUUACUGCUAUUCCAUGGUCUGAAGUUCACAGGAACGUUUUCCAGAUACCAGGCCACUUCUUAAGGUUCUGACACUUAGAAAAGACCACGCUUGUGCCGUCUCAAACUCCUGCAUCCAGCUGUUGCAGUGUUCCCUAGAGAACAGAACCUGAAGCUGGGGGAAUGGUAUGGGGCACCCCAAAGGACCCUGGUAAGUGACAGCCAUCCCCCAUGUGAAUGAGGAGGGGUGGGGAACAAGGACACUUUGCUCCUGCUCAUUGACCUGUGUAACCUCUGUGGCAAAAGGGGGAAUUUUUUCUGAGAUCAACAAGGUGAUGUCAUCUUAGGGAAAGUGUUUCCCAGGUGUCUGGCUAGAGGCCUGUGUCUGUGGCCCCAUCUGCCCCACCCCCUGUACACACCUCUGCUGGCUGAGGUUGACACAACCCUGUUCCCUGUCACUCUUCCCGCUUAUCUCCCGCCUUUUCGGCGCCACUACCUUCUUGGAAAUGAGUUAGGACAAAGGGGAGGGGGCUUAGCACCUCCGCCUCUCCUAGCAGGCCCCAUAAAAGCGGCUGUAACGGCCCAGACACCAGAGCCGUUCAAGACUUCACAGCAGGACAGCUAGCCAGACGGCACAAUGGCACUGACCGUUCGGAUCCAGGCUGCCUGUCUUCUGCUCCUCCUCCUGGCCAGCCUGACCAGUGCCUCAGCUCUGCACCAGACAACACAGCUUGCAAACCUCCAGACCCAGGAUACAGCUGGAGCCACAGCUGGCUUGAUGGUGAGAACACCUGGGCCUCCUUUCAGAGCCUCACAGCCUUCCCUGCGCCCACACCCGCUCACUCUUCCUUCCUUCCUACAGCCCGGCCUGCAGAGAGGCCUGCAGAGACGGAGGCGGCGAGACACUCACUUCCCCAUCUGCAUCUUCUGUUGUGGCUGCUGUUACCCAUCCAAGUGUGGGAUCUGCUGCAAGACAUAGUCUCCCUGUCCUCCCGCCCUCCCUUAUUUAUUCCUGCCGCCCUUGAACACUCUGUAAAUGGUCUCGGAAUAAAAUGACUGUUCCAGCUUUUAUUUUCCAAA